UUCAUAAUACUAAAGAAUAUAAUACAACCCGUUACUUCACUGAUGGCAGAGGUAAAUAAAUAUUGUGUUCAAAAACGGUGACAAACUACUACUGGCUCGUAUUCAGAAUGAUCGUCUUUCUGUCAAGUCAAUAAACAGUUCAAUUAUAGAAGCGUAUUCGAGGUAAGCCUUCAUAGAACAAUUUCUGAGAUGAAAAAGCUCAACUUGUGUUUAACUAUACUUUCGUUAGACAACCAGGAUCUGUUAGAGUGGAAAAUUCAGUUCAAGAUUAUUAAAGAUUCAUGAAAACUCUAUUAUGUACUUACACACUCAUACGAAAAUUAUCCCAUCUUACCAUGUCAGUUUCCACCUUACUUCAUAGUAAAGACAUUUUAUUACGAUGAUUGUUGACUUACCAGGUACCUUCCAUCGGACAAGCAACCAACCUGGAAAAUUGAUUAAAAUCAUCAAAAGAUCCUUCAUUUUUAUCAAAUAAGAAGACUAUAUAUUAAUUGAUUAAGGGUUGACAGAGAAUUCACUGAAAAAAUUUUAGAUGACACGAAGCUAUGGCAUUUUCAUUGACGCUGGCUCUAGCGGAUCACGACUCCAAAUCUACUCAUGGGCGUUUCCUGGAGAUAGAAAUGGUGUAAAGAGAGAGGCUAAUCUUCCACUGAUUGAACCUGGAAAUGGAGAUGAAGGAGACUGGUCCAUAAAGGUACAUCCGGGCAUUUCCUCAUUUGCCGAGCAGCCCAAGCAUGUUGGGAAGAAACAUUUGAAAAAACUGCUUGAUUAUGCUGAAAAGGUCGUUCCUGAUGACAAGCACGAAGAAACUCCUGUUUUUUUAAGUGCUACGGCUGGUAUGCGACUUUUGCCGCACAAAACACAAAGGAAAAUAUUAGAUAGCGCUUGCCAUUAUAUAAAAAAAGAAUAUAAUUUUUCGCUCCCUGAUUGUGCAUCAAUGGUUCGUGUUAUUGAUGGGAGAGCUGAAGGUAUGUACGGUUGGUUAGCAACGAAUUAUUUGCUUGGAAAUCUUGAUAAAUCUUCUGCAACUUCUACGGGCUUUUUGGACAUGGGCGGUGCCAGUGCUCAAAUUGCCUUUGAGGUUUCUCCUGAAGUGCAGAAAGCAUACGGCGAUAGCGUUAGCACGGUUCAUCUAGGCUUGGAUAAUGGUGAACAAAUAGAAUAUCCUCUCUUUGUUUAUACUUGGUUAGGUUUUGGGACAAGUCAAGCAUACAAUCGGUAUCUGAACGCUUUGGUUGAGGGGAAUCGUAACUCUCCUUCUGAGACUAUCGAUGAACCUUGCUCCCUUCGGGGAAGACAGUAUUCCAAAAAUGGACACUCUUUUACUGGUACGGGAGAUUUAGAACAAUGCUUAAAACAUACGUAUACCCUUCUUAAUAAAGAGGCGCCUUGUUCACAGGAUCCAUGUGGUUUUGACGGUAUAUCUAUUCCGCCGAUUGAUUUUGUUAAUCACGAGUUUGUCGGCGUUUCUGAAUUCUGGUAUACGACAAACGACGUAUUUGAUAUGGGUGGCAGCUAUCAUUUCCCCAAUUUCUACCAAAAGGUUGGUGAUUACUGUGCUUCUGAUUGGGAAUCCAUGCUUUCACGACUUUAUAAUCACCAGUUGUCUCCAUCUACAGACGAAAGUAAGCUGGAGAAGCUUUGUUUUAAAGCUUCUUGGGUUUUAAAUUUUCUGCAUGAAGGAUUCGGUUUUCCUAAAACAAACACAAGUGGUGCUGAUGACCAACAAACGGAUGGACUUGACUUGAUGCCGGCAUACCAUUCUCACUUUACUAGCCUUGAAAAAGUUGAUCGGACCGAAAUUAGUUGGACACUUGGUCAAGUUCUUUUGUAUUCAUCCAAUCAGCAGUUUCUCCAAAGUCCCAAAUAUGCAAACUAUCAAUUGGACGCAUUUGGGAAAUUAAUUCCUUUUAAAGAUUCCUUCCAAGAUAAUAUUAAUGGGUAUAUUUCUGCUCUGAGUGUUCUUCUUUUAAUAUUCAUCUUUGGCUUUUUAUCCUUUAUGUUGGCUCUUAAUCCUAAGAGAAGGACAAGGUUCAAAAAUUUUUUGCUUCGAGUUCGCGGUAUGAAGGGUCGAUAUAUUGUGAACGCUCAUGGCGAUUACGAAGACAUCGCAGAUUUUGACGAUGAUCUAGAAAUGACUAGCUUUUCAAAAUCGAGAGCUGCUCCUAUUCGCACUACUUCCAGUCAUAUUCUUGCUGAUCAUUUGGCUUUCAAUUUUAGUCGAGAGCGAACACCAAGAUCUCCUUUACCUUAAUUUGUUCCUACUGUAUGCUUAAUUUUGCCGCUCGCUAUCAACUUCUUUCAUUAUAGUUUUGCCUUAAUAUGUUCUUUACUCUGUCAUCUAAAAUUAGGGUUUCAUUUCUUUCCCACCUCUUUCUACCAAUUUGGCAUAUAUGUUUAUUUAUUUAAUUCUUUUUCCCUUUCAAUAAUCUUUGGAUACAUCAUUCUUUAAUGCUGCCUUUUAUAGGCAUGUAGAUUAGAUACAUUUUGACUUCUCAUAAAACACCCUUUAACUGGUUGUAAUUGUCAAUCAAAAGGAAUUGAGUAGUAUCUAGCUAUUUUAUUUUUUGUUUACUUUCUAAUAUAAUGUAUGCUAAUUUGAUCCUAUA